AUGCCUGCCCCGACGGAAAAGAGCCAGCUCAAGCGAGCCCGCCCAUCCCAGGGCGAGCAAGUCGAGCCAAAGAGAGUCCGCGGCCAACGCCAGCUCUCGCCUUCAGACCCGCACCGUCACAUCAAGCAGGGCCAGCUGCCUUCGCCCAUCACGCACAAGGAGUCCACCGGAACCACAGAGGACGGACGCAAAGAAGGCACCGUGACGCCGCCUCCACAGAGCCAGGUCAAGUUCUCCCAGCCACGCAAUGGCCUGUCGUCGCCCCCGUUCGACAGACACUCGGACAAGCAGUCCGACACCCAGGCCUUCACACAGUCACAGUUCGUCUACCCGCCCCAGGCACGAACCUACGCAGUCGAAGACGAGGAGGGCGAGCAGGUCUGGGGCUACCUUGUGCCUCUCGACGACCAAUCCGGCAACGUCAUGGUCCUGCGCCGGCGAGAGGCCUGUCCAGUGUCCGAGGACAUGGUUGGCCCAAAGUCUGGCACAGACAAGGUGGCCAAGCACGAGUACGAGAGGCAGGAGGAGGACUACGAGAAGGAAAAGGCAGACAAGGGCAUCACAGCCGGCGGCUAUCUCAUCGGACGACAUCGCGAGUGUGAUCGCCAGUUGGAGUCAAACACGGUGUCGAACCGGCAUUGUCUGCUCUUCGCCGAGAAGAAGGGCGGUGAUCUCGUGGCGGUAGUCGAGGAUCUCUCCGGCAACGGCACCUUUGUCAACGACUCGCUGAUCGGUCGAAACAAGCGCCGCGAGCUGAAGGAAGGCGAUGAGCUUGCCAUCCUGUCCGAGGCGCGAUUUGUCUUCAGAUACCCGCUCAAGCGUGCCACACAUCGAUUCCACCAGCAGUACCAACUGCAGGAGCAGCUCGGCAAGGGCCAUUUCGCCUCGGUCUACCUGUGUGUCGAGAAAAGCACCGGCAUGCGACACGCAGUGAAGAAGUUCGAGAAGCGCACGGGUCCCGGCGAAAAGUCAAAGGUCGAGGGACUGCAGCAGGAAAUUGCCGUGCUCAUGGGCAUCAGCCACCCAGCUCUCCUAUGUCUCAAGGAUACAUUCGACGAGGAUGAUGGCGUCUACCUUGUGCUUGAGCUCGCGACCGAGGGCGAGCUGUUCAACUGGAUCGUCAUGAAACAGAAGCUGACGGAAGCGGAGUCGCGCAAGGUCUUUAUCCAGCUGUUCCAGGCCCUCAAGUACUUGCACGAGCGCAACAUUGUGCAUCGCGACAUCAAGCCAGAGAACAUCCUGCUCACGGACAAGGAGCUGCACGUCAAGCUAGCAGACUUUGGUCUUGCUAAGAUUAUUGGCGAGGAGUCGUUCACGACCACGCUGUGCGGCACUCCCUCGUAUGUUGCGCCUGAAAUUCUAGAAAACUCCAACCACCGUCGGUACACACGUGCCGUCGACGUUUGGUCCCUGGGUGUUGUUCUGUACAUCUGCCUGUGUGGCUUCCCCCCGUUCUCGGACGAGCUGUACAGCACCGAAAACCCCUACACACUGUCUCAGCAAAUCAAGAUGGGCCGCUUCGACUACCCUUCGCCCUACUGGGACUCGGUAGGCGACGCAGCACUGGACCUCAUCGACCGCAUGCUCACAGUCGACGUCGAAAAGCGAAUCACAAUCGACGAAUGCCUCGAGCACCCAUGGACGACGUCAGGCGGCAACAUCAACCCGAACGACAGCACAGAUGGCUUGGCAGGAGCCAUUGCCAACCUCGACUUCUCGAAGAGGAAGAUACAGCGGGAGCGGACCAUGCUCAGCAGCCUCAACGAGAUCAAGGUGACACGCGUGAUCCCCACAGGCAAAGGACAAGAGCCGGUGAAGGUGUACGAGAAGAACGGCGCGCAAAAGGGUGCUACGAAGAUGCUGAAGGACAAGGACGUUAUAGAGCCCGGGCCUGCCGAGAUGCGCGACCCUCGAGAGUUUGUCGAGAUGGGAGGCAAAGGCGACCAGACGCUGUUCGACGACGUGUGA